CAACAUUGACGUGACCUUUGACCUUUUAUCACCAACGGUUCUGAAAGGUUUUUUUUUGAGCAAAGAGUAUUUUGAGUUGCAAAAAGAUAAGAUAAAGGCAAAUGCCGGUUUUGAGCAGUUUCCAAAGAAUUCAUAAAAUUGCAUUUAGUUUCAAGCAGAGUUGUUUACAUUCAGUAGUGAGAAUGAGCACGGAAUGGGAAUCUGAAAAAGAACGUUUAAUGUCUUUGCCCAUAGAGGAAAAAAGGAAAUUAUAUAAAUCCGACGACUAUAUUAUUUUGAAUAGAGUGGACACUUGGUGUAAAUAUUUUGUUGAAAACAAAGGGUUGGAGGCAAAAAAUCCCACCGCUGAAGAUGUUACGGAAUUUCGUAAGAUAAAAAUAGAUUCAGAGAAGAAUAAAGAACUUGCCGAUAAGGUUUCUAUUUUUAAAGGCGAUAUCACCAAGUUGGAGGUUGACGCUAUUGUAAAUGCAGCAAAUUCAAUGUUAAAAGCUGGAGGUGGAGUUGACGGAGCCAUACAUAGAGCGGCUGGACCAUUGCUACAGAAAGAAUGCAACACCCUGGGUGGAUGUCCUACAGGAGAGGCUAGGAUCACUGGAGGAUACAAUUUACCUGCUAAGUAUGUCAUCCACACUGUUGGACCUCAAAACGGGUCAGCACCUAAUCUUAAAUCAUGUUAUGAAAAAAGUCUUGCAUAUGCAUCUCAAUAUAACAUAAGAUCCAUAGCCUUCCCAUGCAUAUCCACGGGAAUAUAUGGAUUCCCUAAUCGCCUCGCUGCCCACAUCGCUUUAUCUACUGCAAGGAAAUUUCUAGAAAACAAUAGCAAGAUGGAAAAAAUUAUUUUCUGUACUUUUAUGCCCAUUGAUGUGGAUAUCUACGAGACUUUGAUGCAAAUGUACUUUCCUAUUCAUGAACGUAAUUAUUAGGUACAGAUGUUCCAUUUGACCAUUUUUCUACGUUUGUGUGAGUGCACACGUACACGUUGUUAUAGUGUGCGUGGCAAUCAGUUUCAAGCGCGACGCGGUUUACAUUACGCACACAAAUGAGUUAACACUUAUGGAUAUGCUCACUACUAUAGAUAUGCUCACUACUACAACCAAGCUGAAUGGUCAUCCUGAAACAGAUACUAUACGACUGAUUUAUUCAAUUCAAUUCAAUUUUGUUUUAUGGCGCGGAGCUGCAGCAUAAUGACUCAUUUAUGUUGAACCAAAUCAUACCAUAUGAUCCAUAUGGUAUGAUUUGGUUGUAAUUUUUAAUUGGCUAAAUUGAUUACAUCACAAAAAAAUUAUCCAUGAUCAUAAAUUAUUAGUUAUGUUAUGAAUUAUUAUUAAGAAAAAAAAUAUUCAUGAACAUAAUACAUAAUUAGUGUACUAAAGCGAUCAUAAUUAAUUAAAUUAGUAUAAUAUGGCUCUAUCCGUAAUUAAAUUGUUGUUGGUAUGUCGUAUGAUG